GUAUUUUUCAUAUGUGUGAUCGCCUCCGUGGGUAAACAACAACUCAACUUAGAGUUUUGUAGUUUCGCCGCUCGAAAUAUUUGCGUUCGCAAGCAUCUCGGUUGAGUUUUAUUCCAAAGAAUUAUUUGAAUUGUUCAUUCAAUUUUUUUCAAAUGGCUGGGCUUGCGGUUGAGUCUUACAUCGACAAACCUGAGGCAGAAAAACCCGUUGACAGAGAGAAGACUUGCCCUCUUUUGCUGCGGGUCUUUUGCCGCAAUGGACGUCACAACUCUCCAGAGGACUACAGUCGAGGCAAUGUGCCUGUCAAUGAGUCACAAAUUUAUACAUGGAUGGAUGCUACUUUACGUGAAAUCACCUGUCUCAUGAAGGAAGUUAACCCAGAUGCUCGUAGGAAGGGAACGGUGUUUGACUUCAGUCUGGUUGCGCCAAACAUGGGACCAGGCCCUGUCUGCUUCCGUAUGCGUCACAUAGGAAACACCACUGCUGGAAUGAAAGGAGCUGAUGACAGCAAAACUUUGGCGCAAUGCCGCUUUAUGAUUGGUGACUACAUGGACAUCUCAAUCACCAGCCCUAUGAGAGGGCCACCGAACGACAGAGAGAGAGGACCAAUUCGCAGAGGGCCGAGAGUCCCAUAUUAAUGUUUAAGUUUCGCUAAUUUUACUUUUUACUUUAAAGAUUCAACCUGGAGCAUACUGUACAUCUUCAUCUUAGCUGCUUAGUUGGCAAAAUCGUGGCACGGUAAUAAAGAUUUGGUUUCCAAGCUUG